GGUUGGAGAUUCGAUUCACAGCAUUCACGAAUUUGAUCACUCACCAUUUCCAUUUCCUCGAUUCCUCCAUAAUCUUACAUCGAUUCUCCUUUCCUUUUUCUGGAUUGCUUCAAUCUCUCUCCAACCUCUCCUUUUCCCCCUUUUUAUUCGCUUCAUUUUCAUCAAUUUUCCCCCAAACCAACGAACAAUCACAAAUCACAUUCCCUCCCCCCCCUCUCGCUCGCGAAUGUGGAAUGCGAUUGAAUGCCCUAGGGGUUUUCGCGAUUUCGCAACUAAUUAGAUUUGGCUUUUACCGAGUCUGAAUCUGUCAAUUUGUUUCCACGAGCCCGAGUAUUACCAAGUUCUAUAUGGUACAGUAACUCAGAGUGAUGGGGCGUUCUUUAAGAACUGUUGAGACACUUAAAGCUUACCAAAAUCAGGCUGGUGUGCUGGUCAAAAACUAUGUACUAGCGGAUCCUUACAUUCCAUACACUUCAAUGUUUCUUGGAAUGGUUACUUGCAAAUUGGCCUAUGAUCUGAGUCAGCUCAUCAGCACAUUUUACUUCAUAAAUUAUAAUGCCCUCACUAAGAUCCAAAGGAUGGACUGGAAUAACCGUGCCGUUUCCACUCUUCAUGCCGUUUUUAUUUCGAUUAUGGCUUUAUACUUUGUAUUCUGGUCUGAACUUUUCUCUGAUCAAAAUCAUUCUGCUGGACUAGUUACUUUCAGAAAUUCAUCUAUCUCGACAUUUGCACUUGGGCUCUCUGUCGGCUACUUCUUGUCAGACCUUGCAAUGAUCUGUUGGCAAUAUCCUUCUUUAGGUGGACCUGAGUAUGUUCUCCAUCACUCCCUGUCGGCAAUUGCAGUCGCAUAUGCCAUGUACAUGGGGGAGGGCCAGCUCUACACAUAUAUGGUCCUGAUAUCCGAGAUAACAACACCAUGUAUCAAUAUGAGAUGGUAUCUUGAUGUAUCUGGAUUGAAGAAUUCCAUUGCAUAUCUUAUCAAUGGAGUCAUCAUAUUUUUCAGUUGGUUGGUUGCAAGAAUUCUUUUGUUUGGUUACAUGUUCUACCAUGUUUAUCGUCACCACAACCAGGUGAUGCAGAUGCACAUAUUUGGUUCUCUUUUGGUGUUUGUUGUGCCCUUGGCACUCGGAAUCAUGAAUUUGAUGUGGUUUGGGAAGAUCCUCAAGGGUAUGAAGAAGACCUUAAUGAAAAAGACAUGAAAAACAUAGUGCAAUGCUUCACCAAGACAUGAAGACGAUGCUGUACAUAUCCCCGGCAUUUGUGCUCGGAUUCCGUGGGAAAGAGGCGAAUCCAACGAUACACACACACAGUAGCAGAUAGAUUUCACAUUUGGUGCUGGAAAUCAACCUGCUGUCAAUACUGACCACACAUUUUUGUGUCUGAAAAGAUGAUAUGAUUCUCUACUUUUAAUUCUUCUACUCUUGUAAAUGGGCUUAUUUUGACCAGGAAAAACAGAGUUGUGGGGAAGAAAGUUAAGUAAUUGGUAAACGACGUCGUUUUUUGUCC